AUGAGUGAUCGAUUUCACGGAGAACAGAGAAUUUACUAUAGUGUCGAUGAAGUCAUAGAUGAUAAAAAUGCCUUCUAUCCAUUAGAAUUCUUAAACUCGAUCAGUGUUAGUGGUUUACCUCCGCAUUACCUUCGAUUAAAAGUUGGAUGCCCGAUAAUACUACUACGGAAUAUUGACCCAGCAAAUGGGUUGUGUAAUGGCACCCAAUUGAUUUGCAAAAGCUUUCAGCAAAAUGUUAUUGAUACAGAAAUAGCUGUUGGUCAACAUGCUGGUAAAAUUAUAUUUUUGCCUAAGAUUCCUUUAUGUCCAUCUGAUGAUGAUAUAUUCUCAUUCAACCUAAAGAGGAAACAGUUUCCUAUUCGAUUGUGCUUUGCAAUGACAAUCAAUAAAGCUCAUGGACAAAUAACACCAUUAAUAUUUUGUGCCGUUUUGACUGGUUUCUUUUUAUUGGUUAUUUGA